GAUAUGUCGAAGGUAUGAGGUACAUAACCUCACAAUCAUAAUAAUAACAAAAGAGACGCGACGUAUUUUUGUAAUGAAAACCCGCGUUUUCACGAUUUGUUAUGGUCAGGGAUGUCAGUGCAAUAUGUGAUAUGUAAACUCUAACUAAACGAUCAAGUUUAUUUAAAAGAUGGGUGACAUUAGGGCUGGUCUCGAUGAGUUAAAACUUGAUCCACUCCUAUUUGCCAACGUCAGAUACUACGUUAGCGGUGAACCAGAUCCCAAGAUAUUGGGUCUAUUACAAGAAGGUGGAGCAGAGAGAUCGAACUACUUUAGCGAUUUUGUAACACAUUUAAUAGCAGGCCAUGAGGCACUUGAAAGUGAUAUAUCCGAAGCUAAGGAUCUCUACGAGAUUCCAGCUGUCACGCAAGACUGGAUUUUGUACUCUGUUAAGUGCAGGAAGCUUCUUCCUCCACAAUACUUCUCUCCGGAAGAUAAUCAACUAUUUUCCAAUGUUCGAGCCUGCAUAUCCCAAGUAAGUCGUUUGGAUAGUAAGUCUCUUUGGGCAAUGAUAACUCUGCAAGGUGGUAAAUGCCAACUGCGACUAGACCGCCAUUGUACACAUCUGAUAAUCGGUAAAGCCGAAGGUGCUAAAUACGAAGCAGCAACGAGACAUCGUAUUAAAAUUGUUACGCCAGAUUGGGUGACAGAUUGUUGCCGGAAAGGCAGUCGUGUAAGCGAGAUCGAAUAUCAUCCAAGAUUGCUGGUAUAUCCAUCACCAAAUAGUUCUACUGCUCUGAUCACUGGCUUCAUGGACGACGAUUGUGAGCCCAAUACAGCUCAACAGGAGCAGGAGAGAACGAAAGCUAUGCUGGAAAAAUUGAAGCAGCGCAUGCCUUGGAACCAACCCAAUGCAUCAGUGACGUCAACCUCAGUUCAAAAUCAUGGUACUAUACGCACAUCGGCACAACAACCAAUCGUACUUGGGCCCAGUACUCAUGCCACUUCUAAUAUGCCACAACAAUUUCCACGAACAUCAACACCAGUGAGUUUAGCUCACCCACCGAAUCCAUCAACUAGUAUUAGCUCAAACACUUCAAGUCCGAGUACCUGGCACCCACAAACAUCUCAAGUUAGUGCCGUCCAAAUGAAAACAGUCCUGCAACAACAACAACAACAACAACAACAACAACAACAACAACAACAACAACAACAACAACAACAACAGCAGCAGCAGCAGCAGCAGCAGCAACAACAGCAACAGCAGCAACAACAACAACAACAACAACAGCAGCAACAACAGCAGCAACAACAACAACAGCAGCAACAACAACAACAGCAACAACAACAACAACAACAACAACAACAGCAGCAACAACAACAACAGCAGCAGCAGCAGCAACAACAACAACAGCAGCAGCUUGGCUCACAACAACAUCAGCUGAAUCAACAACCACCAACAGCCUCACAGCAGCAAACUCUUACACUCGAGCAACGUCAACAGCUACUUAUACUACAGCAACAACAACAACAACAACAACAGAUAAAUCAACACCAAUUGCUAGCACAACAACAACAACAGCAACUUAACCAACAGAGACAAAUGCCUCCACAACACCAGUUAACUGUCCAGCAACAACAGCAACAACAUUUAGCUACCCAACAGCAACAAUUGAAUCCUCAAACACAAGUUGUCCAGCCCCAACAGUUGAUGCCGCAACAGCCACUGCAAUUGCCACCUCAGCAACAACAAAUAGCUAUUCAACAACAGCAGCUUGGCCCACAACAACAUCAGCUGAGUCAACAGCCACCUACAGCCUCACAGCAGCAAACUCUUACACUUGAGCAACGUCAACAGCUGCUCAUACUGCAGCAACAGCAACAACAACAACAAAAAAUUCAGCAGAUAUCCCAACAGCUCCAACAAUCGGCUCCACAAAGUACUCAGCAAUUUGUAAUUCGAGAUGGUCAACUUCAGCAACAGACUUCAACUCAACAACAGUUAAUAUCUCAAAAUCAACAAGGUCUCAUCGUCCAGAGAGACCCUCAGUGGCAACAGCAACAGUAUCAUUUACAAUUACAGAGGCAGCAACAACAAAUUGGCCAACAACAGAGGCCUGGCGGGCAGUGGACUCAGCAGCCGCAACAACCUCCUAGACAGUUGAUACAGCUUGACGCUCAAACUCAUCAGCAGUUACAACAAAUGGAUCCACAACAGAGAGCGCAAUUCAUUCAAAAAAUUCAAAAACAACGGAAUUUGAUAUUGCAGCGACAAAUGCAGGGUAGACAAGCCCAACAAGGACCUCAUAUAGCAGUUAUAAGGAGUCCUGGGAAACCAGGACAACCUGGAGGACUCCAAUGGGUUCAGCAACAACAUAGACCUCAGUUGAUGGGACCUCAGGUGGGACCAGCUCAAGGACAAAAACCUAUGAUACCAGGAGCCCAACCUCCUGCUCUUACUCCGAUAAACUCAUCGAAUCAGGUUAUCGUACAGACAGCUCAGCCCGUCCAAGGGGGUCAGACAACACAACCUGGUCAAGUAUUUCAACAAGGUCAACCUCUUACGCAGCAACAACUUACACAAUUGCAUAUACAAAAACAACAGCAAAUGGCAAGGUUACAACAGCUUCAACAUCUGCAACAACAACAGCAGCAACAACAGCAACAGCAGGGACCUCAGCAAGAGCCCCCAUUGACUCCUUUGUCAGCUAAUUCUCAAAUACCGCCUGAUCAACAAUUAGUUGUCAAUGCUAAAACAAAAACAGCACUAGCUAAUAUGCUCACAAGUAGGUUGCAAGGGGGUGCAACUGAAGGAAGUGCUGCUGGUCAAUUACGAUUGAUGACAGCUCAGCAUAGACCUCCUCCACCGCCUUCACAGGAUCCUCAACUCCUAGCUGCUUACCAGAGAAGGACCCUUGGUAAUAUUACCAAUGGUGCACCACCAGGGGCACCUCCCAAGAUGCCAUAUGCAGCUGCUAUUCCACAGCCAAGAGCACAGUUUUAUGGGCAUAAUCCAAAUUUAAAAUUGCCACCAGAUUUGUUUCUUCUCGGUUGCAUAUUUGUGAUUGUUGAAUAUGAUACUCAGCGUACGGAUGAUGUUUUGAUUUGGAAACAAGUAAUUGAACGGCAUGGAGGAGAGAUUGAACCUCAAUAUUGUGCUCGUGCCACCCAUAUACUGGCAAUGACACAAAAACAUCCAAUUGUAAAUCAAGCAUUGCGAGAGGGCAAGCGAUGCGUCAGUGCGCAUUGGCUGUCUGAUGUUAUUGGAAAACAACAAGUCUUACCUCCAUGGCAUGCUUUACAUUUUCCUACGCCAUUUGGCAUGCAAGAAUUGCCUUGUUCCAAGCAAAUCAUAUCUUUGUCUGGCUUUGAUGGAGAAGAAAGAGCUAAAGUCAAGUUUAUGCUAGAAGCAUUAGGAGCAAAAUAUACCAACUACUUUUCAAGACACAAUACACUACUCGUUUGUAGAAGACCUGAUGGACAAAAAUAUAAAAGGGCUAGAGAAUGGCAAAUAAGUGUGGUCAAUGCCCAGUGGAUGACUGAUUUAUUGUGUGGUCAAACCAGUGCACUUCAUCAACCUGAAGCUCCGAAAUAUCAACAGUUUAGCUUGGGAAAUCCAUUUCGAUUGGAUUAUUCUUUAGUUCCUCAUCUUAUGGGUGCUUGGAAAAUGCCAAUCAAUAUAACACAAGAAUCUUAUGACAAGGUGAAACAAGUUGGUCAAGGUCCUAACUCUAUGAGAAAGAAUAAAAAGCCUCGAUUAGAUGGACCCUUGUUGAACAAAGAUCCACAUCUCUUGGGACUCGACGAACCCAUAGUUAUCAGUAAUCCGGACCCACCGCCACCUGAUAAACAGCCCCGAAUACUCUUUUCUGGAAUAAAUCCCAGAAAACAUGCUAAGAGAAUUCGAGAACUUGGUGGAGCACUUGCUGUAAAUUGGCGUGACGCAACCCAUCUCGUCAUGUCCGCGCCUGUCCGAACAGUAAAAUUGUUAUGUUGCCUUUCACGGUGUCGACAUAUCGUCACACUACAAUGGCUCCUUGAAUGUUCAUCAAGGAACACAUUCCUAGAUGAAGGUCCUUACAUACUUGGCAGUCCUGAAUUUGAGAAAAAUUUUAGUUGCAACAUUGAAAAAGCUCUCGCGAGCCCCAACAGAGGAACUGUACUUAAGGGCAGAAUAUUUUACGUAACACCCAGUGUCAUUCCGGCACCAUCGGCAUUUGCAGAAAUAAUAGAAAGUGCAGGUGGCACGAUAGAAAAGACUAGACGAUCCCUUAGUCAAAUUCAAGAACUGAAUUCGACAAAGUUAACUUACGUUAUUGUGACUCAUGAAACCGACCUACAUCUUCUUAGUGAUGUCUUACGUGCUAAUAUAAGUGUGUUCAGUGCUGAAAUUGUGUUUGGAGCGGUGGCGCGACAAUGUUUUCAACCGGACAUAAGCCAAAUAUGAUGGGACCAGCCUAUUGUUAAAUCGUGAAACCACUGGUGAGUUUGCUUUUAUGCCGGAACAUAUCAACACUAUUUCUUAACAGGGCAUUAAAUAAAUGGAUUCAUAUCUAUUUUGUUGAUGUUGAAAGCGUUUUCAUGAAACAAUUUCAAUCUGCGUCUUGUUACACUCUGCGGUCGACUGUAAAUAAAACAAUAGGAUAUUGUAUCAAACACCAAACCAUUCUCUAAUAUCAGCUUGUUAGAACCGUGACGAAUAUUUUUAAUAUCGUAGGUUCAAAUUACCUUUGUACACAUUGCUAUUUACAAACACACAACUUAAAAUAAAGAUGUAUGUAGGUACACCA